AUCUGUUGCUCACAGCGUAAGAUCAAUUGAGGUCUAAAAGCAGAGAAAUGGCCUAGUCCUCCGGGUAACCCUCUCCUUCCUUUUCUUGGCACACCAGCCCACGCUGCGGUGACUAAGAAAGAACCAGCAGAACAGCUGGUUCAGGACGGCAUCCACUCCGGUAUGACCGCAAGAACGUGCCGUGUCCGUGUGCGCCCAGCGCGCAGCAAUAAAGUUACGUGCAUUCAAAGCGACGGCGCCACCAGCGCCUGUCGGCGGGGCCGCAAAGAGAGGGCGAGAAACGCCCCGUGUCCCCACGCCCUCCCCUUCCGCUGCAGUUUGCUUUCUCAUUCGCCGCACUUCCGUUCCAAGGAGGACCGCCACGGAUAGCGGAGGCGGACCGACCCGUUCGGAAGGGAGAUCUUGACGGACGGCCCAGGCUACUUCCGGUGGUCGAGGAGGCGGAACCGACAGAGACUGCUCUACUUCCGGUAGCCCGGAUGGAGUAUCCCGAGAUCACUUCCGGUGGGCGACAGGCGACUCGGAAGCUGCUUACGGUAGCGGGAAGAGCGCUUUAAGGCUACUUCCGGUCGUGUACUGCGGGAAAAGCCCGCGAAAGAGGACUCCCGUCUCGUGGACGGCGGUGGACGGCGUGAGGAGGCGGGUCCCGGGGGCCAUGCGGCCACGGCUCGCGACGCUGGUGGACCGCAGGCUGAAGCAGCGCGUGGUGCAGUACCUCACCAGUAAUAGAUGUGGCAGAUAUGUGGACACUGGAGUCUUAGCAUCUGAUUUGCAAAGAAUGUACAGUAUGGACUAUGGUCGAAGAAAAAGGAAUGCUUUCAGGAUUCAGGUAGAAAAAGUAUUUAACAUAAUUAGUAGUGAGAAGGAGUUGAAACAUCUAACAGAAUUAGAAGGUGAACAUCUGACAAAAAGAGCGAGACAAGGCGAAGAGGAUGAUGAGUGUACUGAAAGCUCUUCUGAUGGUGAUUCAAAUGAAGAAGAUUACAUAGAUCCACAGUCAGCAAACCACAUGAACAGUUCACUGCUGUCUUUAUAUCGGAAAGGAAAUCCUGAUUGUGUUUCAAAUACUCCGGAGAUGCAGCAAAGAGAAACUACUGCUUCAGCACCACAGCUGAGUUGUAAAACAGGCUCCAUUCCUUUGAAGACCCCUGCCAGAGGAACAGAGGGAGGAUGGUUUAUUGACAAAACCCCAGGAAAGAAAGAAAGUUUUUUCAUGGCGCCAUCUGAUGAGAACAGUAACCAUAAGCCUGUAUCUGAGGACUUAAAAGAUUUCUCUCUUCUGGAGAGUGAUAGAAAAAAGAAAGGCAAGAUGAAGGGCAAAGGGAGCAAACGGAAGAAAGAUCUUCAGGAAGUAGAUGGAGAAAUAGAAGCUGUCCUGCAAAAGAAAGCUAAAGCCAGGGGACUAGAAUUGCAGAUGUCCAGUGUAAAGUUUGAAGAUGUUGGAGGCAAUGAUACGACCUUAAAGGAAGUCUGUCAGAUGCUCAUACACAUGCGUCAUCCCGAAGUGUACCAUCACCUGGGCAUCGUGCCCCCUCGAGGUGUUCUCCUUCAUGGGCCCCCUGGCUGUGGCAAGACUCUGCUGGCACAUGCAGUUGCUGGGGAACUUGACCUGCCGAUUCUGAAAGUGGCUGCUCCAGAGAUUGUGUCGGGAGUUUCUGGGGAGUCUGAACAGAAGCUCAGGGACUUAUUUGAGCAAGCUGUGUCAAGUGCGCCAUGCAUUGUUUUCAUUGAUGAAAUUGAUGCUAUUACCCCCAAAAGAGAAGUUGCUUCAAAAGAUAUGGAACGAAGAAUCGUAGCUCAGCUUUUGUCCUGUAUGGAUGAUCUGAAUAGUGUGGCUGCUACUGCUCAAGUCCUAGUCAUUGGAGCUACAAACCGACCAGACUCAUUAGACCCUGCUUUGAGACGUGCAGGAAGGUUUGACCGAGAAAUUUGCCUGGGUAUCCCAGAUGAAGCUUCCAGGGAAAGAAUACUUCAGACUUUGUGCCGAAAACUCAGACUUCCUGAAACAUUUAAUUUUUGUCACUUAGCACACCUGACGCCAGGUUUUGUUGGUGCUGAUCUGAUGGCACUUUGCCGAGAAGCAGCCGUGUGUGCAGUGAACAGGGCCCUGCUGGAGCUGCAGGGGCAGCAAAGGAGAGACCCCGAGGAUGAAGGUGGCCAGGGGGAAAGGCUGGGACCUGCGCCCACUUCUGAAACACAGGAUGAAUUGCAAAGGCUGCUGGGGUUGCUAAGAGAUCAGGAUCCCCUCUCAGAAGAACAGAUGCAAGGACUGUGCAUUGAACUGAAUGACUUCAUUGUUGCUCUUUCCUCAGUCCAACCCUCUGCCAAAAGAGAAGGUUUUGUCACUGUUCCUAAUGUGACUUGGGCAGAUAUUGGUGCCCUGGAAGAUGUUAGAGAAGAGCUCACCAUGGCAAUACUGGCUCCAGUACGUAACCCAGACCAGUUCAAGGCUCUUGGGCUGGUGACUCCAGCUGGAGUCCUUCUUGCUGGUCCUCCUGGCUGUGGGAAAACUCUGCUGGCAAAGGCUGUGGCAAAUGAGUCUGGACUAAAUUUUAUAUCUGUCAAGGGCCCUGAGUUACUAAAUAUGUAUGUUGGUGAGAGUGAACGAGCUGUGCGACAGGUUUUUCAACGAGCCAAGAACUCCGCACCUUGUGUGAUAUUCUUUGAUGAAAUGGACGCAUUGUGUCCUCGAAGGUCAGACAGAGAGGCUGGCGCAAGUGUCCGGGUGGUGAAUCAGCUACUUACAGAGAUGGAUGGUCUGGAAGCCCGUCAGCAGGUUUUUAUCAUGGCAGCCACUAACAGGCCAGAUAUCAUUGACCCUGCAAUUCUGCGCCCAGGCCGGUUGGACAAAACACUCUUUGUGGGCUUGCCACCCCCAGCAGAUCGUCUAGCCAUCUUAAAAACUAUCACAAAAAAUGGCACCAAACCUCCACUGGAUGCAGAUGUAAAUUUGGAAGCAAUUGCUGGUGACCUUCGCUGUGAUUGCUAUUCGGGUGCAGACCUCUCUGCUUUGGUACGAGAAGCUUCUCUCUGUGCCCUGAGACAGGAAAUGGCAAGAGAAAAGUGUGGAAAUGGAAAAGGUGAGCUCAAGAUUAGUCAUAUGCACUUUGAAGAAGCUUUUAAGAAAGUGAAACCAUCUAUAUCAGUAAAGGAUCAAAAAAUGUAUGAAGCUCUUCAGCGGUCCCUCAGCCAGUGACAUCCCAGCAACCAGUGUGGUGAAUCCAGCACAGGAAGCCAGUCAAGCAGCCCAGGUGCUCUGAGAUGCCCGCCCUGAGCUCAGCGUAGAUGUGGUCUCAUGUAAAUAUUUUGUUUUGAAAUUAAUGAGGACAAGCUACAGCCAAAAAGUCUCCUACCUGGCAGACAUUGUGGAAGAACUCCCCACUCUUCAAGAAUAAAAAAAAUUAUUGUAAAAUAAAGCUUUACUUAAAUAAAAUUUUUAUUUCUAAACAA